AAUAUUUUUAUUAUUUUUAGAGGAAAAAGAAAAAAUUUCAAUUUUAGAGCUCAAAUGUGAACAGUUACAUAGCCAAUUGCAACAACAAAUAGAUAAAAAUAAAAAGGCUCAAGAAGAAAUAGAAUAUUUAAGAGAACAAGUGAUUUAACAAUAAUUUAACAUGAAAUAUUUUAAUAUUUAUUAUUUAGAAAUUUUUUAUUAUUUUAUUAUUUAGAAUAAAUAAAUAUUUUUAUAUCUUUCAUAGAUAUUGAAUCAAAGUACAUACUGUGCAACUUUAGGGGCAGUUUUGGGUAAUUUAACAUGGCGCGCAUCUCGACUUCCAGAAAUUGUCGAUGUUUGGCUUUCGGGGGUAAAUAUUUCUAUUUUCAAGAAUAAUUCAAAUAAUAUAUCUAUUUAAAGAAUAGUAUAAUUUUGUGCUAAUUAUUCUAUAGUUUCAGCAUAUGAUCGGUGAAUUUUUAUCGAUAACGGACGGAAGUUUCGUCGCAUUUAUAAACACUUAUCAAAACGCUUUUCCCCCUACUUGUAAUGUCGAAUAUCAGUUUAUAAUUGGAUUGUUAGGCAUCGUGACUAACAUAUCUGCUACACCUGAGGGACGUGAAUUUUUAAUCACUGAUCCGAAUGGUAGAGCUUUAGUACAAAAAAUGGUAAAACUUAUGCCCACUUUGCCACUUUCGCAAGGUUCUCUAUCUUUAAAAAGGUAAUUUUAUGAAUAUCGAAUUAUUGAUAUUCCUAAUUUUUGAUAUUCCUAAUUGGAUCGAAUAUUGUGUUCCUAUAUAGAUUGAUGUUGAUGAUAUUCUAUAACGUCAGUAUGAAUAAAACCGGCUUACAGCAUCUCUUCGAAUCACGAGUAGGCGACGUAUUAAAUUGUUACUUGAAAAACAAUUCAUUACCAGAUGAAACACAGUUUCUAUGUCUGCGCGUGUUACAAUCAAUGACAUAUGGCCUGACUAAUCCCAAAUACAUUCAAGACUUGAUUACUACUCUACCGAUUAGUAAAAUAGAAGAUAUUGCAACUUCGAAUAAAAAUGAAAUGAGUACAGUUGCGAAACAAGUGAUAAAACAGUUGCGGGAUUCGCAGAAAUUUAUCCGUUUGAGUUAAACGCGUGACUAUCUCGAUUUUCUUUCUUACUGGAUAAACUGAAUUGAAAUUUGUUUAUAAGAAAGGAAUUUUGUUCAUGUUGCUAAUCUUCUAGAUUAACAGGAAUUAAAAUAUUCGAAUGAAGUUCGGUUUGCGUUUUCGCUACAAAGUAUAAACAUCUAUUUUUGCAAUUGAUAUUAUCAAACAUCAGAAUAUCUUUGGAAUAUAUUCGUGACUAGUUUGAGAACUGUCGAAUAUCGAUCUGCCUUAUGCAGCUACAAAAUAAAAGCAAUUGUGUGGAAUAAUACGGAAUAAUACGGAAUAGUACGAAAUCAAUUACGCAUGCGAUUGAAUAAAACAUAAUCGAGCGUAAAAAUAUUUUCUAAGUAAUUAAAUCAAUUUUUCCAAAACUUUUUAAUAUUUUUAAUUUUAAGUUUAAAUAACUUUUAAUAAUUUAUUUAUUUUAUAUCUUAACGUAAAAUAUUUUUCCUUUUUAAUUAAAGAUUUGAAGGAAUUAUAAUAUGUUUCAUUUAACAUACAUAAUUGAUAUAUAAACUACAUCACACUGCACUGCAAAUACAUAACAAAUAUACUCGUUUUCAUUGAACAUCGGCGACCUUCAACUUCGAAGGUUGCGACAAUACUGCAGUAUCUUAUUUCUGAAUUGCAAAGCCAACAAAACAUACAUAUUAUACGAGUGCAUUUUGCAGUUGCAAAUAGUCUCUCUGUACUAAUAAAUAGUAUAAUUAUAUUAUCUUAAAUUGUAAUUACAGUCUAGCUAUUUUUCUGUACUUUUCUACUCUGCCAUAUAUGGCAAGAUUGAUACAUAUAGCAAGUGUUUGUAGCAAGCUAUAUGUUUGUAAAUAAAUUAUAGCAAACAUUAAAAUAAAAAUCUAAUUUGAUUAAGGGAAAAAUUAAAAUAUUUUUAUCCUUUUUAUGAAUCAUUAUAAUGAAAAGCUCGGUGUGGUUCAUGAUCCACAAUAAUAAAAGUUAUGUUCAUUGAUUCUCGCGAGGAAUGGAAAAACCGCGACAUUAACGGAAAUAGUAACUCUGAGAAAUCCGUAUGUUUCGUUGUUCCGCAUAAAGAGAUAGGAAUCUCGAAGGAACAGGAGGAAGGAUUGGGACGAAAGAGUUACAUAUAGUGCAUGCAAUACCGACUAUCGCGUCGAUAAUCAUGCUGCGCAAGCUCGUGGGGAGAGACCGUGUGGGGGCGUGCGCGACAAGAAAUCGCGCUUGCGUCCAAUGGAUACAUUCGGCGCGUUCAGCGGUCGCGGUGUGAAGAGUAGAGGGGGUACGCGUCGCGACGUCCAGCGUCGCGUAAACGGGAGAUCACGGCAGGCAGGCAGGCAGGACCUAGGAAAGGCGACGGCCGGGCGGUCGUUUUAUUGAUCCCGGGGCGCCGCGGCGCUACCCACCCGCGGCGGGAUCGUCUGCAAGAAAAUUCUUUCCAACAAGAUUUUCACGUUCUCCGUUAUCUGGUUGCAUCGUAAAUAUACUCACUCGAACGGCUGCGACAACGGUGAUAGCAUUAUUAUUAAUUUUUUCUUAUUGUAUCACACUGGAACGCGAACGAUUAAAAAAGGAACAGGUCAGGCGGCACGUAAUAGAUUCCUGAAAAGGUGGAUCGAAAUUUCGUGGACUAGGUCGUGCGCGGGGUGUAAGCGACGUCCUCGUUGUUAUUGAGGGUUCUAAUAAUCUGAAAUUGGUGCCGGUGGUGGCAGUCGUGUCGCGAUUUCACCGAAUUGGUCGUAACGAGAAUACCGGAAAAAGAAACCGACGUAUCAUCGACGUUCUAGCACCAAAGGAGCAAUUUAUUAUCCUUUGACAAAUGUUCAACUUUUAAGAAAAUCUGGUUCUUUCAUCUUCAAGUAUCAUAGUGUAUUGUAACAUCGAAGAAGUGAAAGAAAAAGAAGUUUGAGAAAAGAAACAAAGGAAAAAAAAGACGCGCUGAAUAGCCCGGAAGAAGCUGUCAUCGAGCAGCUACGACUUCCAGGAUUGUUCAUGUAUCGCCAAUGGAAAGCUUAUAAAUCGAAAGGGGGCGCAGCGGACUGCCCGGACAAGGUGUCAUCCGGCUGGUGAUUGCUUUGUUCUCGCAUCGUUCCUCGUAUACGAGGACAUAGGAUCACGAAGCUGUGGCUGUUUCAAUCCGUUGAAGAUAGUGACAACCGAGUCUAAGGUAGGCGCCGCGGCGCCGAGAUGGGCCCUACCAGUAGCCGCGAACAGAUUGGGGAGCAGAUCGGCGACGAUGAUGGCCUGCAAAUCAAGCCAAAACCUAUGGUCAAUCAUAUCACGGAAAGUGAAUAUUCUGUAGAAGAGCAUGCAAAAUUAACUGCUACUGAUGGAGCUAGUGAUGAAGCAUCUCCAGAAGAUGAAGGAGGAUCAUUAUGUGAAUACCAUGACAUACCACCCCCACCAGAUGGUGGAUAUGGGUGGGUGGUGGUAUUUGCAUCAUUCAUGUGUAAUAUGAUAGUUGAUGGUAUCGCUUAUACAUUUGGUGUUUUUCUGGGAGAAUUUGUUACAUAUUUUGGAGAAGGAAAAGGCAAAACUGCAUGGGUUGGUUCAUUGUUAUCUGGCAUGUACCUCAGUGCUGGACCUAUUGUCAGUGCUUUAACGAAUAAGUAUGGAUGUAGAGCAGUAUGUAUGGCAGGAAGUUUUUUAGGUGCAGCAGCAUUUGUACUUUCAACAUUUUCAACCAGUGUAAAUAUGCUUAUGAUAACUUAUGGUGUUAUGGGAGGAAUUGGAUUUGGUUUAAUAUAUUUGCCAGCAGUAGUUUGUGUAGGUUAUUAUUUUGAAACCAAAAGAUCAUUAGCUACAGGUAUUGCUGUAUGUGGUUCAGGAUUUGGCACAUUUGCAUUUGCACCUCUUGCAACAAUGUUAUUAGAAGCAUAUAAUUGGAAAGGAGCAAAUUUAAUUCUUGCAGGCCUUAUUUUAAAUUGUGCUGUAUUUGGUGCAAUGAUGAGGCCAUUAGAAUAUCCAAAAGCUUCUUCUGUUAAACCAUUGUUACAAAGAAUGGCAGAGGAGAAAAGAUUUCAAAUGGAACGUGGAAGUAUUGGGGGUUCUUAUUUCAUGGUACAACUGCCUGAUGGAUCUAUGGAAAAGAGAAUGAAAAUGCCUAUUAAUAUUGAUCCUGGUGUUCAUUCCAGUUUCAAUUUAGACCAAUUAGUGCCUGGAACUCCUUUAACACCAGUUCCAACGGUACCAACUCUUCCCACUAUAUCGGAAGUGAAAGUACAAGAACACUCUUCUAGUGGAGCAACUAGUAAUAGUGGCAGUAUGGACUUAAAAAACAUUUCCACUAAAUCAAAGAGUAGAAAAAAUAUUGAUGAUACCAAAGAUAUAACAGAGAAGUCUGAAAGCGAAUUCAAACCAAUAAUUCCUAGAAAUGCUUCACAGCCUGCUUUCACAACUCAUGUACAAGGUUUACCUAAAAAUGGUUCUGUACCCUUUUUUGAUAGAAUCCGUAAAACAAGUACUGGUGAAAGGUAUAAACCAAGUCUUAGUGCCAUUAAGAAUUCUAGAACAACAUUGAAUUCUAAUGGCGAUAUUAGAAAGAGUUUGCAUUUGAGACUUUCGACAAGCAGUGUUAUGGGUUCUCGAAAUAAUAAUGCGGAAAUAGAUGAUGGCGAAAGUAUUACUUUUACCACAAGUAAAACUAGUAUUCCAAAAGAAAAACCACAAAUAAUUCGACCACUAUCAAGAAAGGAUAUUUUUUAUAGUGGUAGUGUUGUUAACUUACCAGAAUAUCAAAGUCAAAAAUCACUUGCAAAUUAUCGUCAAAGUGUUAUUUCUUUAUCAAAAUCCGUUCGUGGAGAUAUUAAAGACACCGAUAUUGAAAAGGCGCGCGAGCAACCUCUAUGUCCUUGUUUGGUAUUACCUGAUUCGUUCAAAGAAGCUCUGGCAACUAUGAUGGAUGUAUCUUUGCUAAAAGACCCAGUAUUUCUUUUAAUUGGUAUUAGUAACGUAUUUGGAAUGGCUGGUUUAUAUGUCCCUUUUGUAUAUUUAUUAGAUGCUGCAGUCUUAGAUAAUAUUGACAAGACUCUUGCAUCAUAUUUAGUAUCUAUUAUUGGAAUUACCAAUACUCUGGGUCGUGUAGCUUGUGGAUAUAUUGCAGAUUUUCCACAAGUAGACUCGCUAUUGUUGAAUAAUAUCUGCUUAAUUAUAUCAACAGUUGCUGUGGCUGCAAUUCCGUUUUGUCAUUCAUAUCCUGCUUACAUUAUUAUGAGCAUUCUUUUUGGAAUAGCUAUAUCUGGAUAUAUUUCUUUGACGUCAAUUAUUUUGGUAGACCUUUUGGGAUUGGACAAAUUGACCAAUGCAUUUGGCCUCUUAAUCUUAUUUAGAGGAGCAGCAGCUAUCAUUGGUUCACCUUUAGCAGGUGCUGUUUAUGACGCAACGCAAAGCUAUAGUAUCCCAUUUUUUAUGGCAGGAUUUUUCUUCCUUGUAAGUACAGUUACUAGUUUCAUGGCUCCAGCAAUGAAACGCUGUACAACGCCACAGACUCAGCCUGUGAUAUUAGAUACAUUGACUCCAAUUGAUGAAGAUAUCGAAGAAGAAAAUGAAGAGGAUAUUCCUGAAAUUGUAGAAACUGCGCCAUCUCCGCAAGAACCUCCUGAAAAGGAAAUUAAACAAAUAGAAUCUGUUUUAUAAAAUCUGAUCUGUAUAAGGAGAAAAAAAAAGCCUUCAUCUCCGAGCCAUACUGUGAUAGGGCUGCUGCUUCAAAAAGGUCUGAAAAAAGUACUUCUUCGUUAUACAUUUUAAUGCUAAAGCACAAAUUAAUAAGUACAACCUGAUGGUAUUUUUAACGUAUUUAGAAUUUUGCAAUUGUAUCUAAUUUUUUUUAUGAAACUCUAAUAUAUAAAUAUAAAUAUACAUAUAUAUAUACAAAUAUAUAACAAUGUAAAAAAUGCCAUCAGGUGAAGAAUUUCAUUUGCCUAUGUCAAUAGUAGAUGAUAGAUAGAAAAAUUUAUUAACUUAAUCAGUAUAGAAUGAUCAGUAUGAAAAAUAUUGAAAAAGUGAAAAAAAUGCUUUUGCACUUGCAUAUCGAAUAAUAUUGAAAUGAAUAUUAUUAAUCAUCACAAAUGAUAAAUAUUAAUUUAGAAUAAGGAUGGUCAAUUUUCAUUUUUUACAAAUGGCUCUCUUCUUUAUGCUCAUUUAUAUCUAUUAUAGUACUUUCUAGCAAUAUUUACUCGUAUUCUAUUUUUGAUCUAAAAUUUAUUAUAUCGAAAACAACGAAAGAAAGUUUGCUAUACUAUGUCGAUUUUUCGUAUUAUUUAUGUUAGUGAAUAUCGCAUUUGACUUGUAAUGUUAUAUAUAUUAUACGGAUAAUCACGCAAUAAUUGACCAUUCUUAAUCGAGAAUAUCCAUCUACAACAUAUUACUUAAAUCUAUUUUUGGUCGCAAUCCAAAGAUAUAAUUCCAAUUAAAUUACAUUCAGAGAAAUAUUUUUCUUGCAUACACAACAAAUGUAUAUACAUAUUAUAGAUUAAAAAAUGUGGAUUAGUUGACAUACAGAUAGAUUCGCUAUUGCGGAAAAAAUUGUAAAUAAUUAUAUAGGCAAUUGUAAAAUAGUGUAUAACGAAUUCCGAAAAAACUAGGCAAAUAGUAAAUAUAUAAUUUCUGUUUUGGGACAUAUUUACGUCCUUGUAUUAAUGUAUUGAUUAUGAAUAAUUAACAUGCUAUUAGAUAGAAAUUAAUUAAUAUAUUAAUGAUUCAACUAGAAUGUUUAUUUCAUUGAAUGUAUAAAGAAAACAUUUCGUCUUAUGCAUCUAGUUUGUGUAAAUUAAUUCUUUAGUUAACAGAAUUGACUGUCGGGAAAAAAUGUGAAAUAAUUGAAGCAUAUUAAUUAACACAAACUAAUUCUCGACUAAUACACGUGUUGUUCUACGCGAUUUUCGGCAAAGUUAUAAUUUGUCGUGUCACAUUAUAUACUAAUUAAAUAUUGAUCAUCGCGAAUAGACAAAAUGUUAUUCAUUUAUAUAUGAUACUUUUUAUUUACAAUCGCAUACAUGCCUAUGAUCCGUAUAAAUAUAUAAAUCUAUAUAUAGAUAUAUAUGUAUUUUUUUUUGUUAUAUAAAUUUAUAUAUUUAUAUAUACAUGAUGAAUGAAAAAAAAUUGUAAAUCUUGUUAACGGCAUACAACAAAUGUUAAACUUGUAUGUACAUUGUAUAUACGGCGUUUAUUGGUAAACCGAUUACGGUGAUUAAUUAUCAAUAUGCGUAAGAUUUGGAUAACAAAAAAAAAGAACCGUUGUUAUCAAUAAGAAAAAAUAUACCAACAGUGCUAUUAUCACUGCUACUGCUAUCACUAUUACCAUUAAUAUUACUAUUACACUAUAUUAAUUAGUACAACUAUUACGACACUUAUUUUUAUUCUCAUAAUUGUCGUGCAGAAAGACCGUGUUUUUGUGAUUUGAAUUGAAAUAUAAUGUAUACAUGUUAUUCAGUCGGAAGUGUACACGUGUGCACGCGUGUCGUCGCGACAAAAGUGUUACAGUAACACUUAUUAUACACAUAUAUAGAGUAUAUAUUAUCGACGCGCGUGUUCAUGUAACAUUUCGCAUGCGCAUGUUCGUAUGUAUGUAUGUUAGGAGGAAUAGGCGGGUUUCUAGUAGAGAUACACGAAGCAUGUGUUAUGUUGUGUGUGCAUAAUAGAGGCAUACAUAUGCGUACUUACAUAUACACAUGAGCGUAUCAAUACACGUGCGCACGACUUAAUCCUGUGCAUAUGUUAAAAGAAAACAAUAAAAGAAAAAAAGUGAAGUAUAUAUGCUAUGGUACAAAGAAGGACAAAUGUAUUAGGUGACGUUUAUUGAAAUUGAAGAGGAAUUAUGAAUUUUUAUUACUGAAA